UAGGCUACAGUCUACUCUGCUUCAGCAAGACAGACAACGAGAGAGAGAGAGAGAGGGAGAGGAGGAAGAAUGAACAAGAAGGAGGUAUUGAAGCUAGCAAAGGGGUUCCGAGGGAGGGCAAAGAACUGUAUAAGAAUAGCGAGGGAGAGGGUGGAGAAAGCGCUACAGUACUCCUACAGAGACCGCCGCAACAAGAAGCGCGACAUGCGCUCGCUUUGGAUCCAGCGCAUCAACGCCGGCACUCGCCAGCACGGAGUAAAUUAUGGUAAUUUCAUGCAUGGACUUAUGAAGGAAAAUAUCCAGAUCAACAGAAAAGUUUUGUCUGAGCUCUCAAUGCACGAACCAUAUAGCUUCAAAGCCCUGGUUGACAUCUCACGAGCUGCUUUCCCUGGUAACAAGACAGCCAUUCCAUCCCCCGAAAAGAAGGGUCUUUCAAUUCUUGUUUAAAUCACAAUUUCUGUCAAUUGCCAUGUGUCCCGUGGCUGAGAAACAGUCAAACAUUAGCAGAUAAUAUACUUUUUUGCCCCAUUUCAAGAGAGCACACAGUUAUGCUUGUGUCAGCGUUUUCACCAACUCCUCAAGGAUACAAUCAGAGAUGGUGUUAGAUAGUACAAGUCUUCUGGUAUUUAUGUUUGCUGAUGUAUGAAACAAUGGCUAAAUAUUAAUGCUUGCAUUUCUUUGAGCAGAGUUUUAAGGUUA